AUGGAGGUUCUGACACUCAGCAAUUGUGUGCUGAAGCCUGAUGCGUGUGCAGACACCACGGUCAAGAUAUCGAAGGACGGGGUUGCAAUAAAAACCAAGGAGAAGACACAUGUGAUGACAGGGGACGAGAUAAGGGAUGCAGAGCUGUUUUAUGGCGCAAGGAAGAUGACAAUGAGGAUUUUUGGGAAGAGUUUAUAUGAGAUUGGGGGAGUGGACCAGAACUAUGCAGAGGAGCUGAAGAGGGCGUUUUCGCAUCAUUUCAAGAUAAAUCUGUACGUCAAGGAGCUUGAGAUUGUGAAUGUUCUGAGUGGAGAGCUUGGAAUCAACAGUCGGAAUGCGUUGGAGUUUAGGAGCAAGAAAACAAUAUUUGAUAUUCCUGUGGAUGAUAUUGAGGGCGUGGUUGAUGUCAGGAACGAGCUGUGUAUUUCGCUGAAGGGCAUGGAGAUUCGGUUUGCCUGCGACAGCAGUACGGCGGAGGAGAUAAAGAGAAGCUGCAGCUCGAUGAUUGAUGACGAGAUAUUGAAGAUUGAAGGGCUGUCUCUGUGCUAUCCACGAGGCAAGUUUGGAUUUGUAUUUUUCCAUGAGUAUUUCAGGAUGGUCGGAAGCAGCUAUGAGCACAAGAUAGCAUAUCGAGGCAUCAAGUCGCUGUAUGUGCUUGAAAAGGGGCAUAGAGAUGACGAGGAGAAGUAUGUCGUGAUUGGUGUUGAUCCAUGCAUCAGGCAGGGACAAACUAUGUAUGAGUAUGUGGCACUGUCGUUUGAUGAGAGUGUGGGCGAAGUGAGUGCGAAUGAUGGCAGGCUAAAGAAGGAGUAUUCUGGGCUGCUUUCUGAUAUUUUUGUUGAAAUAAUGGAGGCGCUGUGUGUGAUAAGGCCGAUGCGAAGCACAUUUGAGGCUAAUGAUGGCAGCAGGAGCCUGAGAUGUGCAACGAAGGCAUAUGAGGGCCAGCUUUAUCCGCUUGAUGACUGUGUGCUUUUUCUGCCGAAGGUGUUUAGGCUAGACCUGGAUGCUAUGACGAUUGUUGAGUUUAGUAGGAUCAACCUCAGCACGAUGCAGGCGAAAACGUUUGAUAUGACGAUCUUCUGUGACAAGGCGUAUAUAUUCAACGGGCUAGCGAAGGAUGAAUUUGGGGGACUCGAGCAAUAUUUCCAUGCAAAAGGAAUAAAGGCAAGAAGCGAGGUGAUUGACGAUGCGGUGAGUUCUGAGCAUGAGUCUGAGGAGUACGAGGAUGACAGCAUUGUUGUUGAUUCUGAUGAAUAA